AGUUUCAUAAUUAUAAUUUUAGUUAUAAGGUAUUUUAUGUUUCUUGUUAUUUUUAAAAAUUUUAAAAAUCAAUUCUGAUCAUAUUUUAUGUAAUAAAUAUCUCUAGAAUAUCGCAGCUUGGGAUCGCAAGAUGACGCUUCUUCGUUCACGCGAGAAAUUAGGUGGUGGAAAGUUGAACAUCAUUCAUCAUCACAGCAUGUCGGAAUCAUUUUUUCUCAUUUUUACACAUUUCUAGUACUGAAUAUAAUCUCAAUUUAAGUUCUCGAAAAUAAAAAAUUUACAUAUUUGUUAAAAGCAUACAUUUAAAGAAAUAAUCUCUUAAUUUUCGUUUAUAAAAAAUAAAUUAAAAAAUUGAAAAGAAAAUGAGUUAUGAAUGUGUGAAUAACACUAAUAGUGAAUCGCUGAAUAAUUCUAACAAAGUCAUUCACAAAAGAUGGAUUUUUAAUUUAAAGAAAAUAAAGGAUAAACUUAAAUCGUUUAGUGGACCGAUAGGUCUUCUAAUUGCAUUGAUGAUUUAUACAGCUGUUGGUGGUUUGGUUUUUCAACAAUUAGAGCUGCCAUCGGAACUGGCCCGAUUGGAGCAAAUACGAGAAACAAUACUAACUCGACGUAAUUAUCUGAUAAAUCGAAUUCUAAAUAACUCGGAUUUAUCGAGUUUACCAAACAUGAUGAAAGUCGAAUUACAUUCUUACGAGCUUGCCAUACAAGAAGCUGCUCAAGGUGGAUUUUUCAUGAAAUUCAUCGAUGAAAUUGAGUCAUCAGAUAAUAGUAAAAACCUUACUUCAGUUCUUACUGAUCGAUGGAAUAUUCUUCAAGCUGUUUUCUUUGCCAGCACUGUUCUUACAACAAUCGGGUACGGAAACGUUGUACCAUCAACGAUCCAAGGUCGAAUAUUUUGCAUAUUUUUUGCAUUUGUUGGAAUACCUUUGACUCUGACUGUAAUCGCAAAUUGGGGAAAAUUAUUUGCAGAUGUUGUUCGUAAUUUAACUGUUAAACUACAUUCAAAGUUACCAUCAUUUUUAACAUUUUAUAUACCAGCUGAUAUAAUUAAACGAAGAUACUUGGGUGCAUUUGCUGCAAUGAUAUUUCUUUUUCUUUAUUUAUCAUUGGGAGCAGCAUUGUUCAUGAUUUGGGAAAAAGAUUGGAGUUUUUUUGAUGGUUUUUAUUUUUGUUUUGUUACAAUGACAACUAUUGGCUUUGGUGAUCUCAUACCAAAAAAGCCAAAGUAUAUGCUUCUUUGUACUCUUUAUAUACUGGUAGGCUUAGCUCUGACAAGUACAAUAAUUGAACUUAUUCGAAGGCAGUACGCUGAAUCUUGGCAACAAUUGCAGGUCUUAAGUGGACUUUUAGGAGAAACUUUAAAAAAAUUAAGUGAACAAGCUGGUGCUAAAAAUGUUUGUAGUAGAUCAACAACAUCGGAAUUAAAAAAAAUUUUUACUAUUAUUUCAUUAGCGAAAUUACGAACAGCUACAAGCAGCAAAUACUCUGACGAAAUAAUAACUCAGAAACAAGAGUGGGAAGAUGUUGAAGCAUUUUUUCGUGAUUUUAAAGAUAAUAAAAAUUUGUAUUUUGGUAAUUUUAAAAAACCAAUAUUAAAAGUUAUAAUCUAUGAAUCUAGUGUCUGAAUAAAAUGUAUUUUCAAUUUAUUUUACAAGAUAAAUUUUUUUUACAUUUCUUCUUGUACGUUAUUAUUUGAAAUUUCUCGCAUGUAGUUAUCUCGCAAUUAGUUCCUAUAUAGACGAUACGGAUCUAUUAUAUAUUAUGAAUGUUUGUUCUUCUUAUUUUAAGCCAAAAAGCAAAAUAAAUUAAAAAACUAAAUUAAUAAGUCUUUCCUGUGAAAGGAAACAAAAUACAAAUGUAUAUAACACAAUGUACCACAUAAUAAUUAAAAUGAAUAAUAAAAAAACGUUAAAUAAAUAAAUACGUAUU